CGCCGCCUGCGCUCAGUCGCGACCCAGCGCCCGCCACGACCGCACGCGUCUCGCCGCCGCACCGGCUUCGCGAGUGUAACUUGAAAUAAAAAAUAUUUACAGUGACAGUGAAUUGUUAUGUGUCUCUAAUCGGAUAUUGACCCAAUUUACACGACGACGCGCCCUACCGCCUGUAUGCAGUGCGGUGAUGCGAGUCUUGCGCCCGCGCACACAUGCAUGCCGCCCGCGCACACGGUGUGGUUGUGAUGACAUGGUGGUGGGCGAUCGCGCUGCUCGCCUGGGCGGCGCCCACCGUCCGCCCAGCGCCCAGAGCGGGCAAUGGUGAGCCUUAUUACAGUCACCAGAUGUCUCGCAAGUCGUGCCUGGCGGGCGGGUCUCGCGGCGCGUGCAUGUGGGUGCAGGAGUGCAACCGCGCGGGCGGCCUGCACGCCGGGGUGUGCGUGGACGGCUUCAUGUUCGGGUCUUGUUGUCUGCUGCCGCCAGAGACAGAAACCCAGAGCCCAGUCACAGUCACAGAGAAACCUUACACAGCGCCAUCUAGCACCACACUCAGCACUACGCACUCCGCCGAGCUGUCGACACAGACGAUACAGCGGCCGGGCUUCCAGACGCAGAGGCCGUCGUUCAUGACCAAGCCAAUAGAUGGCGCGCCUACGUCACACGGCUAUCGGCCACCUGAAAUAAACUUACCUUCAUUAGGAAACUUAGAUUCAAGUAGCGAACAAAAUAGUGAUAUAGCUCAUAAAUUAUCGUAUAGCAGUGUAAAUAAGUACCAAAAUAAUGUAAAUAGGCCGAGCGGGGAGCCCCGGCCGCCAGUACAGGAAACUAGUCCGCACAACAAGAUUUCUUCUAGUCCUAGCUUAGUGGCUAACGCGCGGCCGAUGGCGGUCUCCGAGCAAGCAGCUGAAAACAGCAUCUCGUCAGGUCAAUGGUCCCGACCAAACAACGUGAACACACUCCACUGGCAGGCGUCCACCGAGGCCUCCUUCAUCACGAAGCCGCGCCCCUCCAGCUGGGAUAAGCCGGCGGGGAAGCCCAAGCCCACCAAGAAGUUCACAACGACUACGGCCAAGCCACACAAGAACUAUGUGAAGCCUAAAGACCCGGCGUAUAAUAUGAUCAAUAAAACUGAUAAUCAGGUCACGGAGCCGCCUAGGACGCAGGCCUCUGCAGAGUGCGGCGUGGUCCGCAUGUGGCCUCGCCCCGAGACCCGCAUCAUGGGCGGCCAGGACUCGUCCUUCGGGCGCUGGCCGUGGCAGGUCUCCGUCAGACGGACGAGCUUCUUCGGCUUCUCGUCCACGCACCGGUGUGGCGGCGCUAUUAUCAAUGAGGGCUGGAUCGCUACGGCCGGCCAUUGUGUUGAUGACCUGCUGACGUCUCAAAUCCGCAUUCGAGUUGGCGAAUACGACUUCUCAUCUGUGUCCGAGAAAUUCCCGUUUGUAGAACGAGGGGUGGCGAGGAAAGCUGUUCACCCGAAGUAUAACUUCUUCACGUAUGAAUACGACCUGGCACUGGUGAAGUUGGAAGCGCCUGUGUUGUUUGCGCCGCACAUAGCUCCCAUCUGUCUGCCGGCCACUGAUGAUCUGCUGGUGGGCGAAAAUGCAACCGUGACUGGUUGGGGAAGACUCUCUGAAGGAGGGGUUUUGCCGUCGAUUUUGCAAGAGGUCCAAGUGCCGAUAGUAUCGAAUGAGCGAUGCAAGUCCAUGUUCCUGAGUGCUGGGCGGCAUGAGUUCAUUCCCGACAUCUUUCUCUGCGCAGGACAUGACCGCGGGGGCCACGACUCAUGCCAGGGGGACUCCGGGGGACCCUUGCAGGUCAAAGGCAAAGACAGAAAAUACUUCCUGGCGGGUAUCAUCAGCUGGGGCAUCGGCUGCGGGGAGGCGAACCUGCCCGGAGUCUGCACCAGAAUAUCCAAGUUCGUCCCGUGGAUCCUGCAGACUGUCAACACAUAGACUAUUCAAACACCGAACGUGGUUGUGAUUCAUAAAAGAACAAAACAAAGUGACGAUCGCGCGAACCGACACGAUUCGAAAAUGGAAACGCCGAACCGGCGAAUCCGAUUCGCAUGAAAAACAAAAGACAAUCGGCGGACUCUCGGCCGCCGCAGUGUUUGUGCAAAGUGCAAGUUACCUUCAAAAACGUUGAUUCGAUUCAACGUUUUCUGAGGCGUUUUAUUCAAGGAUAUAACGUAACACCGAAACGUUGUGGUUCUAGCACGAGUAUUAAAAUUUAUUAUUCAGAUGUUGUUGUCCGUGUUAAACGUUUUGUGAAAUGUUUGCUGUGUAGUUGGUUUGUGUUCGCGGGCACGCCUGCAUUAGUAAUGGCGCCGCUACUAGACUGCGAAUUACUCCGGAAGUUACAAUGAUUUGCGCUGAAUGCAGUUUGAUCCUUUCUGCUUUCACGCUAAACCAAAAAGUCAUUUGUAAAAUUAUUAGUUUGGCCAUUGGACUCGUGCUAAUCCUCAGAAGCUAUGCAGAACUCGCGACUAUUGUGAAAUUCUGUAUGAAUCUUUUCAAAGCUUCAAAUAUCGGUGUAAGUAUAGGCUUGGACAUAAAAACGCCCAAAAUGGACUCAUGAAUUAAUGAUAAAUGGACUUUAAUGUAACAAUUAUUGAAUAAGAUAAUAAUAUCAAGUGACGACGUAAACCUUUACUUUAUUUACACUCUUUUAUGUUUGACAUAAAAUAAGAGUGCUGUUUUUAUGCCAACAAAAAUUUAAAUAGUAAUAAUGCAUUAUAUGUAUGUAAAUAUUAAAAAGCCUGCGCUUACUUUUCAUAAGUCAAAUUGUAUAUUUUUGCAUUUAUACAAAAUAUUUUUUGCGUUUUCGUGCAAAGAAUUUUCUUUUUAUGUAAAUACUGCAUAGUAUUUUCUUGCCUAUUAGAUGCUUUGUAGAUAUAACAGUAUUAUUUUUAAUUUAACAAUAAGACAAAAUCGUUGUAGAACUUUUAUGUAAAUACGCUAUUCCUAUUUAUAGUUUUUUUGUAAAAAAAUAUCUAUGAAAUUGUAUUUUUUGUUAAUGUUAGCGAUAUAAGCAUGUUAUUGUAAAAAUAUAAGAAUUUUAUUGUAGAAAUAAUGUGAAUGAAUGACCAAAUCACACACAUUAUACAUAAUUAUAUGAUAAGAAGUGCUACUCCAGUGAUGUGUCUGUAGGAAUAUUAUAUUUUGUUUGAAACAUAGUUUAUAGCGGCGUUGACUCCAUUUUGUUCUUUUUCAGUAAUUUUUGUUAAUGAUUAAAAUAAUGAAACUAUUGACAAAA